AUGUCGGUACCAAAGUCUUGUACCAUUUUGGUGGCUGGCGGUGACCCUGCUGGUUCAUAUGCUGCAGCAGCGUUGGCCCGUGAGGGCAAUGAUGUUGUGCUUCUCGAAGCGGAUCAACAUCCUCGCUACCAUAUCGGCGAGAGUAUGCUUCCGUCGUUGAGACCACUCUUGCGCUUCAUUGAUCUUGAAGACAAGUUCGACGCCCAUGGAUUUCAGAAAAAGCUCGGUGCUGCUUUCAAGUUAACUUCAAAGCGCGAAGGAUACACCGAUUUCAUCGCAGCCCACGGGCCUAGAGGAUACUCCUGGAACGUCGUACGCUCCGAAUCAGACGAAAUCCUCUUCAACCAUGCUCGCGAAAGCGGCGCCCAGGCCUUCCAGGGCAUCAAGAUAAACUCCAUCGAAUUCGAACCAUACGAGGAAGAAUACCCCAACGGUGAAAAAGUGUCCAAUCCCGGGAAACCCACGUCCGCAAAAUGGUCGUCCAAGGAUGGCAGUUCUGGGGACAUCACCUUCAAGUAUUUGGUGGACGCGACGGGUCGGAUUGGCAUCAUGUCCACAAAGUAUCUCAAGAAUCGACACUACAACGAGGGUUUAAAAAACCUGGCCAUCUGGGGUUAUUACAAAAACAACAUACCUUGGGCGCAAGGCACGCCGAGAGAGAAUCAGCCUUUCUUUGAAGGCAUGCGAGACGGUGCUGGCUGGUGCUGGACCAUUCCUUUACACAACGGCACAGUCUCGGUCGGGGCAGUUAUGCGAAAAGACAUCUUCUCUGAGAAGAAGAAGAAUCUUGGGGAUAAUGCCACUAACACCCAAAUAAUGGCCGAAUGCAUGAAACUAUGUCCAACAAUAGGAGAACUGCUCGCACCAGCCGAAUUGGUAUCAGACAUCAAGCAAGCUACAGAUUAUUCGUACAGCGCAACCGCCUAUGCUGGACCUAACUUCCGCAUCGUUGGAGACGCAGGCUGCUUUAUUGAUCCAUUCUUCUCCUCGGGUCAUCACUUGGCCGUUGCUGGUGCACUUGCGGCUGCCGUCUCCAUAAACGCAUCCAUCAAAGGUGAUUGCACCGAGUACGAAGCUUCCAGAUGGCAUGCAAAGAAGGUGGACGAGGGUUACACCUUGUUCCUGCUCGUAGUCAUGGCUGCCCUCAAGCAAAUCAGGAUGCAAGAGAAUCCAGUCCUGAGCGAUGUUGACGAAGACGGCUUUGACAGGGCAUUCCAGUUCCUCAGACCAGUUAUCCAAGGUUCGGGCUCUUCAGAGGCGGUUAAGAAGUUCACAAAGGAGGAUGUUGCGCAAACGAUUGACUUUGCUGUGCAUGCGCUCAAUAACAUGGCGGAACUGGACAUGGAUAUCCCGGAACACAUGAUCAAUGGGGACAAGGAUGGUGAAAAAGGCGUGACGAAUGGUCACAAUGGGACUGCAAAGACAGCUGGACUUGCGUCAAACAUGGAAAAGCUCACGAAUGAUGAGGAGAAGGUUCUGAAUGGCCUUCGUAUUCUUGGCAAGGCUGCGCCUGGAGGAACUCUGGCGGACUUUGAGGGUACUGCAAUUGAUGGAUUGAUGCCGAGAUUGGAAUAUGGUAAACUGGGUCUCAACAGAGUUUGA